AUGUUGUCAGCAUCAGGAUUGUUGUCCUACGGUAUCCUUGUCUGCGUCAACGCCGUCAAGAGACACGCUACCUUGAUUGUGAAACGAGCAGCUGUCUAUUAUAACAUAAAGCAAUCAAGUGGCUCUUUCUCCGGUCCUCUGAAGACCGGUGGCAGAAUUUACUGCGAUUCUAGAGCAACCGGGCGUCAAUCCGCCAAUGACAGCCAGAUGCCUUUCUCCUUUCUCGCACAAGGUGACCAGAUUGAAGACGACGAGAUCGGCCAUUGGAUGCUGAAAGUCGAACAAGAAACACCAAGGUGA